AUGGGCGACGAUCAAUUAGACGAGAGUAAAACUGCGGUCACUGCUGCAAUGGGACCUGAUGAUUGCUUUCGAGGCCUCCUUCAAUAUCGCGAUGCCCACAUCGUACGUGUCCCUACGCCAAACAACGACGGGGAAGAGGACCUUCGCCUUCCUGCGGCGGAUUCGAUCUCGAAUCAGCCCGCUAUCGACUUUCAUGCGGAACUAAAGCACCAUCUCGACCACAUUACUGCGGAAGCAGACCUUGACCUCUGCGACCCUCAUCGCGUUGAGAUUCUCGAUGAUUUGGCAGCAGACGAAGAUAUCAUUGAGCCACAGACUUCAAACAUAUCGCGAGUCGACUACGCCACCAUUGAUGAGUCGGUUUUGGAUCCCUUUGACGAUUACACACCAGGCUGGGAGAUUUUUAGGAAGGGCGCACCGAGAGAAACUGUGGCGACGGAUAUCUCCGCCGAGACAGUAGCCUACCUGUUUGCCGAACAAGCGGCGGGCAAACUUGACCCAGACGACUUCCGACAACUUCUCAGCUUUCUGAACCAGAAGCCGAGAUCGGGAGAUCUGGGCGAGUUGAAAGAACUGACACACAAAAACCUUGAGUCCUUCUACGAUAAAAAUGCCGAUCUUGGCCUUGUGUUACAUGUCGCGUCCACAGAAGAUGAGAUAGAGGGAUUUUGGGACGUUGAAAGCAGAACGAUACAAUUGUUGAUUGAAAAAGGUGUACUGGACCAAGACGAUUUUGUGUUCGCUUUCGAUUGGCAUUGGCGCGCUGAAGGGAAGAGAAGCAAACGCAAAGGCCCUUGUCCGACCACUGCAUGGUCUCGCCAGUUGCGGCUCCUACAUAACACCUUUUCCGCAGCCUUGCUUGAACAACUACCACUGCCGCUUCUUAUCGUUUCCGGGGCAUGUCCGGUUCGGCAAUACUGGAACACCCUUCCACCCGCCGCCAGACACGUCGAACUCAAGAUUUCGAUUCCAGACCCCCCAGGUCCCAAUGCUGAGAUCGUAUUCUAUCUUGAUUUUAGAGAAAGCGGUCUCAGACGCAUCGUAGCCUGUGUCGAUCACCCAUCAGCCGUAUUCUUCAGGAGACAGAACUACCAUGUCAACAUUCGCCUCGAUGCUGUCUUCAACUUUUUCUUAUGGCUCAAUGGGAAAAACUAUGAUGAAACAACCUUCACGGGGCGAAGAGCUGGAAAGAGUGCAGGUCUUCGAUGCCCACAGCCGUGGAAGGAGCUGCACGAGUAUAACAAAAAGGAGAAGGCACUUGGUCGGUACCUUGUGCACUCAGACUACGAGCAAUCUUUUCUACUCUGGGCGAGAAAGUACCUCGAGGACGACCCUUCGGCAAUACUAGAGAGAGGAGACAGCCUUGCUGCACGAGUGGAUCAUCAGUUCAAGAAGCAUGUACGUCUUGCCCUUGCUAAACGCUACGGACUUGAAUACGCAGAAUAUUGGCAUAAUAAGAAGCCCAAGGUAACGGUGGCAACCGGACCGACCAGAAUCCAGCUUUACAUUGAUCCUGGGAAGCCAGCUUUACAGCUCAAAGGCCCUUGGGAGCUUGGAGCUAUGAUCAACACCUCGCUGCUAGACCUUACCAUCAAGUUUCGGGAUGACCACGUGGCCCUAUAUCUAGGGUUGAGGAAAGUUUUCGGCCAGUCACGGAAAAGCCUCACUGAGGUUGGCACUCAGGUGACCGAAUGGGACCAACAGUUCGAAAAGGAGUUGAGGCGGUCUAGGCUGGUAGGCAAUGAUCUUGAGAAGCAAGGAAGCGCCACGAGUCUGUUAUCAGAGUCAACACGGCAGACCCAAGCUCCAGCAACAGAAGUAUGGGUGACCAGACGCAACCGAGGUGAGCACAAGCACUUACAUCUAUGUAUCCGAUCAAAGCACCUUGUCGGGAAGAUGGCAGGCGUUGAACCAUGGGAUGGCACAUGCAGAACGGGUUGCGUUUUGCAGGAGGAACAGGCCAAAGCCUCCACCAAGAUGCACGAUGACAUCGACAAUGAGCAGGCCAAGUCAGCGAAUACUCUUAAGACCCACCGUUCAGAUUAUCACAAAGCAUACUACGAAGCCAACAAGGAAGAGAAACAGGCCAAAAAUCGGGCAUACUACGAACGAAACAGAGCUGAGCAGAAUGAAAAAGCGAAGAUACGCAUGAGAGCCUUGCGUCAACAGCGAAAAGCCGCUUUCGAAACCGGAGCUGCCGUUGUUAGCAAGCCAAACGUAGACUAA